AUGGCUAGUCCCCAGCACCUCGUGGGCACUGCCGACCUCAACCUCAUUGAGGCCCCGGUCACCUGGCGAGCCUACAUGAUCUGUGGUUUCGCCAGCUUUGGAGGUAUCCUUUACGGCUAUGACUCCGGUUACAUCUCUGGUGUCCUUGGCAUGGACUACGUCAAGGAACACUUCGGUCAUGCGGUGCCCAAGAGUGAUGAGAACCCCAGUGGCUUCCUGAUUGCCAGCUCCCGCAAGUCUCUCAUUAUCUCGAUCCUCUCUGCUGGUACCUUCAUCGGUGCUCUGCUUGGCGGUGCUGUCUCUGAGCGCAUUGGUCGUCGCCUUACCAUUAUGCUCUCCUGCCUGAUCUUCGCCAUCGGUGUUGCCGUUCAGGUCGCAACUGUUACCGUCGGUGGUCUGGUUGCUGGUCGCUUGGUCGCUGGUCUGGGUGUCGGUGGUGUUUCCGCCACGGUCAUUCUGUACGUCUCUGAGAUUAGCCCUCGCAAGGUGCGUGGCUUGCUGGUUUCUGCUUACCAGUGGGCCAUCACCAUCGGCUUGCUUGUGGCGUCCGGUGUUGAUCAAGGAUGCAAAGACUUGAAUUCGCGAUCCUCCUAUCGAAUCCCUAUUGGCUUGCAGUUCAUUUGGGCGGCUAUUCUUGCUGCAGGACUUUUCGUUCUGCCCGAGUCACCUCGCUACUAUGUUCGCUGUGGCCGAAUGGAAGAUGCCCUCUGCUCUCUUGAGCGAGUUCGAGGCCAGCCGGGAACCAAUCCUGCUAUCCAGGCCGAGCUUGCAGAGAUCAAGGCCAAUUUCGAGUACGAGAAGCAGAUUGCUAGUACCUCCUGGGCCGACUGUUUCAAGGGUGGUCUUUCUCCUCGCGGUAACCUGCGCCGGGUGAUUGCUGGUACUUGUCUGCAGAUGUUCCAGCAGUGGACUGGCAUCAAUUUCAUCUUCUACUACGGUACUACUUUCUUCCAAUCCGUAGGCAUGAAGAAUGCCUUCCUCAUCUCGACCAUUAUGAACGUUGUCAAUGUGGUUACUACUCCAGCUUCUUUCUGGAUGAUUGAAAAACUUGGUCGUCGCACUUUGCUCCUUUAUGGCGCGACUGUGAUGUGUAUUUGCGAGUUCCUCGUUGCAAUCAUUGGCGUUGCUAAGGAGGGAAGCCAGGCAGCGAGUACAUGUCUCAUCGUCUUCACCUGCUUCUACAUUGCCGCCUUUGCGACUACCUGGGGUCCCGCGGCUUGGGUUGUCGUCGGUGAGAUCUAUCCUCUUCCGGUUCGAGCCAAGGGCGUUGCUCUUGCGACUGCCUCCAAUUGGUUCUGGAACUGUGUGAUCGCCGUUAUUACUCCAUACAUGGUCGAUGACAACGAAGGAAAUUUGAAGGUCAAGGUUUUCUUCGUCUGGGGUAGUGCUCUCUUUCUCUGCCUGUUGUUCGCCUACUUCUUCAUUCCCGAGACCAAGGGCCUCACCCUGGAGCAGGUCGACAAGAUGCUCGAGGAGUCCACCCCCGCUACCAGUGCCAAGUGGAAGCCUCACGACACCUUCGCACAUGAGAUGGGCAUGGUUGAGAAGACCGAGGCCAGCGUGAGCAUGGAGGAGCACCACGACAAGGCCAUGAAUGACACUGAUCAGGUCGUCUCUGUCUGA